CCUCCCCCGCCGGGGCGGCGGGGCGGCGGGCGGGACAGGCCGGAGGGGCCGCGCGCCGAGGCGGUGGUACAGCCUGGAGCAGCCGGCAGCUGCGGGCCGGGGACCCUGGACCCCUCCCCAAGCCGAGAAGGAGGAAGGCAGGAGCCAAGGCCCCCUCCCGAGGAUGACACUAAACACGCAGCAGGAAGCAAAGACGCCCCUGCGACGGCGAGCCAGCACCCCGCUGCCCCUGUCCUCCCGGGGCCGCCAGCCUGGCCUGUGCGCAGCGCCUUCCACUUCCACUCAACCCCGGCACCCACGCCUGGGCCAGUCGGCCUCCCUCAACCCUCCCACCCAGCAGCCUUCACCUGCCCCCGACGGCUGGUCCUCUGAAUCCAGCGACUCGGAGGGCUCCUGGGAGGCCCUCUACCGCGUGGUGCUGCUGGGAGAUCCUGGCGUAGGGAAGACCAGCCUGGCCAGCCUCUUCGCAGGGAAGCAAGAGCGGGAGCUCCAUGAACAGCUGGGAGAAGAUGUGUACGAGAGGACCCUCACAGUGGAUGGAGAAGACACCACACUGCUGGUCAUGGACACCUGGGAGGCUGAGAAACUGGAUGAAAGCUGGAGCCAGGAGUCCUGCCUGCAGGUGGGCAGUGCCUACGUCAUCGUGUACUCCAUCGCAGACAGAGGCAGCUUUGAGAGCGCCUCUGAGCUCCGCAUUCAGCUAAGGCGCACACAUCAGGCGGACCAUGUGCCCAUCAUCCUGGUGGGCAACAAGGCGGACCUGGCACGCUGCCGGGAAGUCUCCGUGGAAGAGGGACGCGCCUGCGCCGUCGUGUUCGACUGCAAGUUCAUCGAGACCUCGGCCGCCCUGCAGCACAACGUGGCCGAGCUCUUCGAGGGCGUGGUGCGCCAGCUGCGCCUGCGCCGCCAGGACAGCGCCCGGGACUGCCCCGCGCCCCGACGGCGGGCGAGCUUCGGCCAGCGAGCUCGGCGCUUCCUGGCCCGCCUGACAGCCCGCAGCGCCCGCCGCCGCGCACUCAAGGCCCGCUCCAAGUCCUGCCACAACCUGGCGGUGCUCUGAGGCCCCACCCGCCCGCCCAGGGUGGGGAACACUGGGGUGCACCACGCCCUACCGACGCCACCGAGGGAGGGGCCCCGACGGGCAAAGGCGCAGUGACCUGGAGCGUGCAUCGUGGGCGCAUCUCCCGGAGCCACCGCUUCAGGGACCCCUCCGCCCCGGGAAGCGGUGUACGGACUAUGGGACCCGACGCCCAAGCUCUGCACACAGUAGGGUUUGUUGGGUUUUGGGGGUUUUUUUUACACGAUUUGUGUCUUUUUGUAAAAAACAAAACAAAACAUACGACUUUUCUUUAUCCUCCAGCUCUGGCCAACCCUCAGAAACACUACCCCUCUCCCCACCCCCCAAAAAACACCACAGACUAGAAGGAUGUCCCGUCUGAAUGCCCAGACUUCUUUGGGGUUCAUCCAGGCCUCUCGACCUCCUACUCCCCCAUCCACACUGGCUACCGACCGGGUUAGCCUGCUGAGCUGUGUCAGGGUCAGUCAAUAAAGUCAUUGGGUCUAUUGUGCGUUCCCUGCCCCGGCCUCUGAGGGAGACACAGUGGAGUACAACCACAGUCAAGGGUGAUGACCUCCUAGCUUCUCAUUAGCCCAUUUCUUUUUUAGAAGGUCCUAGAUAAUAAAAGGCUGAUAUGCAAAUUGUCAUUUUGACCCAGAGUUUGACCAGGGAUCCGGCCAGCCCACCAACCAACUGCCCGCGGCCCCUGUCCUGGCCAGUCCCACCCCCGAUCGCCCCCACCCCCGCCCCAAUCCGGGGCAGGGCCGGCCUGCCAGACCCCACCCAUUCAUGAAUUCAUGCACCGGGCCUCUAGUAGAGGCAUAAAACAUUAUCUGGAAAGAACUUUCGCGCUCAUCCUGGCAAUAAAAUAGCUGGUGUUUGUUGGGA